UAUCGCCAGUUAAUAGCCCCAGCCAGCCAGCCAGCCUCCUCUGCCUGUCAGCGGGAUGAUCGCACCAUGUACCGGGACCCCGUUCCUUCCCAGCGGAGCCGCGUCGUGAUGACUGUCCGCGGGCACAGCUGCAGCCCGGUGACGCUUCACAUUUCCUCCGUCCAGUAGCUGAUUUCUCCGGCGCGUCGGCGCGGUGUGGAGCCGGAGCCUUGGCGCACGCAUCCACGCUCUCACGCACUCACAGGCUGCCUCUGUGGCGCGCACUUUGCUCCGACACAUUCUUUCGAGACUUCUCCGAUCUCGGUCCUUUCUUACCUUCUGGGGGAUUUUGAAAACUUGAGCGACUUUACCGUCGCAGGCAGAGAACAAAAGGCGAGCGGACGGACAGCGUCGGUGCGGUGAAUGUAGUCUGCAGCGGGGCGCACAUUGGUGCUGCUGGACCGGCCGAGGACGCACCAAGUCCCGUCCCACUUCCCCGUUUCACCCCCGGUGUCCCGAACACGGCCAACAUGAUUGUCCUCGGGAUUGUGUUUGCUCUUUUCUUCUCAGGUGUGUUGCCAGCCUCAGCACCGGUCUUCCCCUUCCCUCCCUCCCCCACUGACUGUGUUGAAGCCCAUCGAGUGUGCUCCGCCGACCUCCGCUGUGAGGCAUUGUACCGGGGCCUGGAGCGGUGUGCGGACCAAGCAGAGGUGUCCCUGCUGGGGGAGCAGGCGGCUGCAGAGUGCCUGGAGAGACAGGACGCUUUGCUGAAUAAACACCCCGCUCUCCUGGCCUGCAAGUGCCAGCGUGGCUUCCGCAAGGAGGAGCAGUGCCUGCGCGUAUACUGGAGGGUUCGCCUGCUGCCAGGGGAGGACGAGCUGGAAAUGUCUCCCUAUGACGACACAAUGAUGGAUACUCGCAUGGCUUCCUUAGUGGCAGCCUCAUCUUACAUGCAGCUGGAUGGUGAGAACCAGUGUCUGAAGGCGGCACAGGACUGCGGCCUGUACGAGAAGUGUGGCUCUCUGCGAUCAGAGUACGUGCUGGCCUGCACCAAACGGGCUCCCGGGACCAACCGGUGCAACCAGCACAAGUGCCACCGGGCCCUGCGGCGCUUUCUGGAGCGGGUGCCUGAGGAGUACAGCCUGGGAGUCCUGUUCUGCCCCUGCACCAACACCCUGUGUGGGGAGAGGAGGAGGAAAACCAUCGUCCCAUCCUGCUCCUACCAGGAGAUGGAGGGGCUGCAACCCAACUGCCUCCACCAGCAGAGCUUCUGCCGCCGGGACGACCUCUGCAGGUCCAGACUGGCUGAUUUCCUCAAUAACUGCCAGCCGUCGUCUGUGACGGUCAGCGGCUGCCUGAAAGACUCAGCAGGCCUGUGCCUCCGAGCCUAUGCUGGACUCAUCGGUACCAUCAUGACACCCAACUACAUCAGCAACGGCUCUGCAGACGUGUCCCUGUGGUGUAACUGUGAAGGCAGCGGCAACCAGUGGCAGGACUGUCUGAGACUGCAGCGCAUGUUCACUCACAACAGCUGCCUGCGUAACUCUAUCAGCUGGAUGGGGAGCCCCGGCUCCCUGCCGGCAGACAUCACCCCCCCCCCUGCUCCCAGGCCCUCCCCGCUGGUUCAGGAGAAUGAGCUGCUGAGCAACAACCACCUGCCUGAACACAACAACAUUCUGGUGGAGAGUGAGGAAGAGGAGGAACUGACCCAGACAGAGGAGGAGGGGGAUGAGGGGGGCCAGUUUGACGUCAUCCCGCUGUACUCGGAGAGGGCCACCGUCUCCAACCUGGGCUCCCCGGGGACAGCCGGGGCUGCAUCCGUAAACGCCGGCACUCCUAACGCCGUACUACUGCUCCUGCUUCUGUUGGCCUCGCUCAGCUGGGGCUAGAACCCAGGACGUAAAGAAGACACACACACACACACACACACACACACACACACACACACACACACACACACACACACACACACACACACGUUCACAUUCACGUAUGAUGGACCUGCCAACAAUCCUGGACUGAUCGCUGUAAAAUCAUAGGACACAUAGUGAAGAAACGGACUUCACAUUUUGUCAGUAGCAUCCUCUUGAUUCCACACGUCUGUCCUUGCUUCCUUCCUUUCCUCUUUUGAAAAUGGCACUUUGUACAGCAUAAUGUGAUUGCAGCUGCAGCGGUGUAUUAACAAAAGGCCUAGUCGUGGUAGGUGUCAUAUGCAGCCAUCCACCAAUGAGCAUAACGUAGCAGCUCCUGUCAUAGGCUCAAAACAAUGUUCAUUUGCGUGGCUUGCUCAGUUGUUAGCAGACAGACAAACAGGCCAAGGUGUGUUAGCAGGGUGAUAUAUUGGCUUGUCAUAUCAUACACAUAUUAACUGCUGCAGCUGAGUAGAAAAAAGAAACUGCUCACAUCAGCCUCCUAAUCAUCAGAAGUGAAUAUAUAUUUCUGACAGCAAUGAUAUCUCCCAAAGAAACAAACUGGUGCCAAAAUGGCUGCAAUUGCUGACAAUUCAACACAAUAGAACACAUAAUAUUAAACCCAAUGCAAGUAUUAAAAAAAGAGCUGCAUAGCUUGCACAGUUAAUGUGUGGUUUAACUUGAUAGCAAAAGGCUACAAAAUGUACCAUAGUAACAGUAGUACAGUGCACUCGGACUUUUUUUUUUUUUAACUCAAUGACUACGUUUACAUACACAUAAUAUUCUUUUUUUUGCCCUUAAUCUAAAAUGAAAAUAUUCCAACUAAGUUGUGACAUGUCUAAUGAAAGUGAAUAUGCCACUAAUUUUCCCGUUCAUAUGCAGCUGUGGAAAAUAGGAUUUUUCAAAGUGUUCCAGCAGCAGAGGACUUUGAAACCAGCUUCUAGAAAAGGUUGGCUCAUGUUCAAAAACCUGUUGAUAUCCAGGCCUUUGAUAAAGUUUAAAAGUAGCUGUGUUUCUCCUUCUUUUCUUUUGGCGUUGCAUCUCUACCGCAAGCCCUGCAAACUGUUGGCUGAUUGGUUUGUGUACAGUAACCAUAGCAACGCACAGAGCUCACCAUGAGCUGUAAACAGGCAAGAUGUCGUAAACUGUCAUAAACUGCAGUAAAAACCCUGACUGAGACACAGAUUCUGAAUGCGCUGUAUACAUGUCCAAAGAAUGCUUCUAAAACCAGAAUAAUUCCGACAGAUCUUAAUCUUAAUCAGAAAAUGCUAUAUUCAGAAAAAGGCCUUAUUCUGAAUAUCCAAACAGAAUAUGCUGUUUACAUGACCUGAAUCAAAUUCGGAAUAUUAUUAGAAAUAUUAGUGUGGAUGUAAAUUUACUCAUUGAUGGAUGAUGAUUUGUCCCACUGGUUGCAACUAACCUGUCUCUGGGUCAAGCUAACAAUGACUGAAGGGGGAAUGGGCAUUGAUAUAUGAUGCAUCAGUUUAACUUCAUCACGGUGAUGAAUGGAGUGAUGCUGCCAUCCCUGUUCUACAGCCAUGGCCAAUGACAAAUCACACACUCGUCUCUCAUUGUUUAAUGAACAUCAAGUGCCAAGUGGGUGAUGUGUGUGUGUGUUUGUGCGCGCGUGCAGGGAUCAGGCAGAGAGACUGCAGAGAAAAUUGGGUAAAGCUUUUUGUUAUAAUUUGAGUUCCCAACAACGUCAGCAUAGCCACACACACACACACACACACACACACACACACACACACGCACACAAAUACACACCCACACAUUUGCACUCAUACUUCCUGCCAUAUAUUGAGCCGAUGCAGCUCUUUCUUGCUUUAUUGCUCUAUCCCCGUCCCUAUCUCCCUCCCCGGUGACUCGGGCUCGGGACCCGAGCUGCCACAGGCAGCGAUAUGAAUAAAGCCGUCAUAAUAAAAACAAUACACCAGAAACAAUAUGAGCUCUAAAACGGCAGAACAAAUCAAAUAGCUCCCCAGCAGGCGAAAAAACACGCAAGCUACUUCUUACACCGAGACAAAGAGACAAAAUGAAGAGACUUCGAUAAGGAGUGGGAGAGAGAGAUGAAUUGAAGUGAAAUUAGGUAAAAGAAUAAGGCCAAGUCCCCGUGUGGUCUUUGUGUGUUUGAUGUUUUACUUGUUUUUAGCACGGAGGCUGAUAAUCAGUCCCUGACAACAUCUCUUUAUCAUCUGACAGGCUCCUUGGGGGAAGGAGUGUGUGUGUGUGUGUAUGUGUGUGUGUGUGUGUGUGUGUGUGUGUGUGUGUGUGUCUGUGUGUGUGUGUGUGUGUGUGUGUGUGUUGGGUAUCAGGCAGUGAUAGAAAUAGUGCGCUAUAGUGAGAAGAGAAAAGACCCUGGAGCACAAACAGCAGAGAGAAUCACCGGCUCUGAUUCUCUGUGUCUUAUAAAUCUUGUGCUGACACUAAUUUUUUUUCUUUCUCUUUCCUAUUUCUUGGAAUUUGGAAAAUCAACUUCCAUGUAGAGGGGCGCCUGUGAUGGUGGAGGGCAAGAGACAGAGGAGGGAAACGAUGAGAGAGAGAGAGAGAGAGAGAGAGAGAGAGAGAGAGAGGGAAUGGAAAAGAAAGCAUGAUGAGAUGAUAGGAGACCAAAAGAGGAAACAAAUAGGAGGGAGACGAAGAAAAAAGAAGCGAGGAAGCAUGAAGGACGUCAAAGUAGGACAUAGAUAUAUGAGAAAGCUGCAAGGAGAAGAUGAUGAAAGAACAGGAAGAAGGAAAGGACAGAGACAGAAAAGAGGCCGAACCAAAGGAUGAAAAAACAAAAGAGAGGAAAGAGAGGGAUGGAAAGAGGAAGGAAGGAAGGAGAGGAGAGGGAAAAGUAGAGGAGGGGCAGAAGAGAGGCAGAAACAAAAGAGAAAUAAGAGAAAAUGACGAAUUCAUGGGAGGAAACCAAGAGAAAUUGAGGGGAAUGAAAGGAUGAAAGAAGGAUAAAUGAAGAGCAGAGAGAAAGAGGAGGAAAAUGAGAAAUAGAAAAAAAGGAGAGGAAAAGGUUUUCUUUGAAGCCACGGAGGAAACAAACUGCAGAGAGAGAGAGAGAGAGGUGACAGGUGUGCAGUGUACUAUGACCUCUCUUUCUCUUUUCCUCUGUCACACACACACACACACACACACACACACACACCCAUCUGACAAAGCGUCACUCAGUGAAACACACUUCUUUGAACAUUUGGCAGUAAAUACUGAUGUUCUGUGAGGAGGAGUUUUAACUAAGCAACAAACAGCAACCAGGCACUGCAGUCUAACACCAGAUACUGAUUACAAUGAAAUGUUCAUUCAUAGCAAUGACAUAGUCAAACAUCUCUGUUUCUCACUCACUAAGCUUUACAGAGAGCGCUCCUGCACACAAGAGACACAUCGAGCACCUUCAAAUAUCCGACCGAAGUCAUUUGCUCUCUUAUGUAAUGGAUAAAUUGAAAUUCUAUAUGUAUCGCUUGAUGUUCAGACCAGAACUAACAGUGAGUGUAUCUCAUAACAAGUGUUGUGUGUGUAUCAUAAACACACAUCAGUGUGUCUUUGCAUUCACAUGUUCCUUCCUCACCAUGAACACACACUCAGCCAGGCUGUUCUCAUGAGCCAUUCCUGCAUAGAGCUACCAAAAGUAAUGCACUGUAAUGUGUAUGUAAUCAAUUUAUUUAUUCCUGUCUGCCCCACUUUGACUGCCGCUGUAAGGCAGAGACUGCUAGUGGCCAUACUACUUAUGACCGGAGAGCGAAAAACCUGCAAGGAGGAGGUCAGGGGGGUGGUCUGAGUCCUAAAACACAGGACGUUCAAUAGUGGGGUGGAGUAUGUGUCCCGGGAGUACUACAGUACUUAAAGGGUAAUUUCGGUUGAUCAUUGUGAGAUCAAUGUUGUUGUCAGAACACUUUUAAUUACAAUCUGAGCCAGUCGGUGG